AUGGCCUCUACACUUCCAACAUUAUGUUUCCACGAGAUAUUUCAAUUGUUGAUUGACGAUCAAAGAACAUUACACUCUUGUCUGUUAGUGAAUAGGCAUUGGUGUCAGAGUGCAGUCUCAUAUUUAUGGCGAAAACCAUUUCAAUACACGGAUGCAAGUUACUCUUCUUCAGUCUCACUUAUAAACUCUUUGCUCUUGUGUCUUCCAAAUGAGGAUAAAGUAAGAAUAGGGGUCAAAGAUAUUUACACAGCUACAUUCCCAUAUGUAAAUUAUUUAAGACAUUUAGAUUUUAUGAAUCUGGCACGGGCAACUUCUGAUUGGCGUAGUGCUAAUUGUGUUCAAGCAUCUCCACAAUUUGUAUUGCAAAUACUGUGUCGUCAUAUAUUAAAUAGUGAUGCAUUACUCUUUGACUUACAAUUGGACUUUGAUACUUCGCUAGAUGAUUAUGAUUGGAGUGAAGACGAUUGGUGCUUUUUCCGCUUCCCUGGAGCUGAUCGCUCAUUAUCACAAUUAAGAACACUAAACUGUUUCGGGGCUUAUGAUCCAAUACUUUUAUUAUCGGCAUCAGCCCUAUGCACAAAGAUCGAAUCAAUUGAAGUUUCAUUAGAUACCUUUGGAUGGACUAGAUAUCAACGUGGUGAAUUAAUGGUUAAAGCCGGAGCAGAGACUUUAGUUGCAUUGAUAGCUAAACAAGAAAAACUGGAACGAUUCCUUCUUCAAGAUUGUCCUUUUCGUGGUUUCGUCAUUGAUUUGAGUAAUAUUUUCAAUGCAUUAAGAUCGGCUCAGGGCACUCUUCGUCAUGUACAAUUUUCGACUAUCGAUGUUCAGGGUUAUCCAUUGUUGGAUGUACUUGGGCAAUGCAAUAAUCUCGAGUCAAUUGUAUUUAGCAGAUGCCAAAAUAUUGGUAAAUGCGCAAACAAGAAACCAACUACUCCCUACUUCCCGAAAUUAAAAACACUUACACUUGACAAGACAUUUGUUCCUGUACCGACACUUCGAACGUUUGCCGCAAAUGCCGGUCACAGUUUAGAAGAAGUGUUGUUACGCGACGAAGGAUACCAAGAAAAUUGGAAUGCUGUUCAAGUAUUCGCCGUGAAUAAUCCAAACAUCAAGAAAUUUCAAGUUCAUGGUGCAAUUACUGAACUGCCACAAAUUUUACGAAUGGUAAAAUCUUGGCGCAAACUAGAAUCUUUGUCAAUUAUGCACACUAAUGAUGAAAACGAGGUCGAUGAGUUGUAUGAGGCUGAUUAUUUUAUUGUAGAUCUGGGGGCAGCAAUACCUAACACAUUGGAGCAUUUAACGAUACAGCUUGAUUUGGAAUUUACCGCGGAGUCGUUAUUGCGAUUCUUUCAGAAUUGUCAAGCCCCGUUAAAGACACUUGAAUUGCCUGCCACCCAAUGUAUUUUGGAUGAUCAUUUAAGAGUGAUUUCUGAAUAUUCACCUAGAAGCUUGGAGUAUUUAAAUAUUAUUGAGGCAACAAAUAUCACAGAACGUGCUAUUCGUGCUGCCAGAGCUGUUGUCCCAAAUAUCACUUGUUCUUUUUAUUUGGCGAACAAUAAUCUGAUUUAUCGUGGUCAUGUAAGCUCUUGA